AAAGAACCACCUCCAGGUGAAACGAAAGUCCAUGUUGUAAAAGCAGUGAGCGUAGAGGCAUUGUUGAUCGACUACGAAAGGUUCAGCAAUGUCAACAAAGCUAUUUGGGUGGUCGCCAGAUUGCUAAACAUUGCGAAGAGGAGAAUUUUUAAAGGUGGAAAGACUCUCUCCAUCUCUGUUAAGCAAUUACAAGAAGCCGAGAACUUUAUUGUUAAAGAA